AUUUUUUUUUUUUUUUUUUAUAAAUUAUGUUGGAUCUCUUUUAGUUUUUUACAUUAGAAUCGGGUUGAACUGUGAACUGGAUGGAAAUCAUAGCGAAUGAAACGAAAUGGUUUCCAACUACAAUUAGUCUGAACUAUGAAGCCGGUUCAUAUGGCCAGGUGUAUUCUUAUUGCUUGUAUAUAAUCAGUGAGGGUUGUUGAGAUGUAUUUUUGCAUUUUAACAUCAAAGGUUUUUUGUUGGUUCUAAAGUUUAUUCCGAAAAUAAUGGAAAAACAAGAUUUUUUCCCUCCUUUGAGAGGACAAGAAAACAUGUUUCUUGACUGGAAUUACAAGAAUUUGGGGUGCAAGUUUAGCUACAGGAACAAGAAUAAAUAAAUGUAAUUGUUUUUAUGAACCUGUAGUCUAACAAAGGCAUAUCAUCCCCUAGAUGAUCUUCAAACCUGCUCUUGCGAUUUCAAGUAAAAUUCAUUUACAAAAGUUGUUAUGCAAAAUGCUUUAAUGCCAUUCAAAUGUCGGUGCUGGGGAAAAAAGACCGAACGAUUGAUUAUUACUAUCAUAGAUAAGCAAGAAAAAGUGCAGAGGCUGAUGUUUGUAUAAGGUUCGUAUUUUUUUUCUCCCUUUACAAUUAUAUGAAUAUACAUGAUGCAUAAUAGCUUCGUUCACAUUACGGGUCCAAAGAGAUGAGAUUUUAGUGGCCAGCUGUAGACAGAGAAAAGGAGCAAAUGGGUACUCAACAACUCAUUGAAAAUGACCAUCAUUACCAAUUGAAUUUACCAUCAAUCUCCAUCAAAUGGGAUGGAAUCAGUACCAUAGUUGUCUGUUUGUAUAUUUCAUCUAUGCGAACUACGGUACACUUCUAGUUAAAAUUGAAGAAAGAAACACAAAAAGAGAUCAUUUUUUCAAGAUCACAAUUUAUGGAAAAUAAAGAUCACAAUCAGAAUCACCAAUCCGAAGAUCUCCCACAAGUCCUGCUCUUAAAACCAACCCCAGUUAUGGCGGUUCUUGGAGAGCAUCAAUUUUCAUCAAACAAAUAUCAGUUCUUGAAAGCAUGGGAAUCGCCGCUUCCUCUUUACCAGUUCCUCACCAAAUAUGCCAAUUCUAUCCAAGCCAUUCUCUGCUCUGGUGCUGCUCCUGUCACUGACGACCUACUCCAGUUACUUCCCUCGGUGAGAUUAGUUGUCGCUGCCAGUGCUGGUACCAACCACAUCGACCUAAUGGCCUGUUGCCGACGGGGAAUUUCGGUCACCAAUGCCGGGAACGUGUUUUCGGACGACGGUGCGGACGCUGCGGUGGGUUUGUUGUUUGAUAUUUUGAGAAAGAUUUCCGCUGCUGAUCGGUACGUGAGGCAGGGCCUUUGGGUCAAGAAAGGGGACUAUGCUCUUGGUUCUAAGCUGGGAGGGAAGCGAAUUGGGAUAGUUGGAUUGGGAGGCAUAGGCUUACAAGUUGCUAAAAGACUGGAGGCUUUUGGCUGCAUUAUUUCUUACAAUUCAAGAAAGAAAAAGACGUUUGUUUCAUACCCAUUCUAUUCCAAUAUUUGUGAACUCGCAGCUGAUAGUGAUGCUCUCAUUAUUUGUUGUGCCUUGACGGAUCAAACCCGCCACAUGAUCAACAAGGAAGUCUUGAGUGCAUUAGGAAAAGAAGGAUUCAUAGUUAACAUUGGACGUGGAGCUAUCAUUGAUGAGAAGGAAUUGGUGAGGUGUUUGGUGGAAGGAGAGAUUGCGGGUGCAGGGUUGGAUGUGUUUGAGAAGGAGCCUGAUAUUCCUAAACAGCUCCUUGAAUUGGAAAAUGUUGUUUUAUCUCCGCAUAAAGCUGUCUUUACACCCGAAUCUUUCCUGGCUUUGAGUGAACUUGUGGUGGGGAAUUUGGAAGCUUUCUUCUCUAACUUGCCGUUACUUUCUCCAGUCAUGGAUGAAUGAGUUGAUGGUCAGAGCAAAAAUGGUUUGGCUUUUUGUGGAAAAUGCAGCAAAUGGUACAUUUUUUUCCAUCUUUUUGAGAAUUCUUUUUGGCGUGCCAAUAAAGAAAAUCUCAUUUGCUGUUUCACAGAAUACAGGGUUUGGCCGGCAUUUAACUUCAGGUACUUUUUUUUUUUGGGAAGAUUCAAAUCUCCCCAGCCCCUAAAAGUUCUCUUUUUUGGUUUGGUACCUCUUGCAUAGUUGUCCAAGAAAGUUGUUUUCAGCUAAAAUUUGAACUAUUAUCCGUAGAAUUGGGUGGUGUUUAAUUUUGAAUGGUUUAUAAAUUGUUACUACAGUCUAUUUAAUUAUUGAAGGCUUAUGGAUUAUUAACAGUUCUUAUUUCUUGAACUUGGUAUUUUUAUAAAUUGAUGUGGUUGCUCUAAAAGAUCUAGUAGCUGCUUGCUUGAGCACAAGCUUCACCUGGAAGCUGAUAAUAAAUGAGUCAAAUAUCUCAUUGCAUAUUGGUGUUUCAGGCCUCCCAUGAGCAGCAUUCACAUCUAGGAUUAUUAAAACCCUUUGCAAAUCAAUUUCUUUUGAUCAUUUAAUGGUGUUUAAUCAACAAAGUUUGUGGCCUUUCAGGCUCUAUCCAGUGGCAUUUUUAAGAGUUGCUUGCACAGAAUUAGUAAGGAAAUGCCUUGCUAUGUUUCUGUCCAAAGUAGCGAGGCAACUGAAUGCUUUGUUAAGAGUCUUAAAAUCACAGGAUGUAUCCUGACUUUUCAUAUUCAGCUUUGCUAGAAUUCAUUCAAUAGAAAAGGAACUGAGAAUAUACAAGUAGUAUUUGAAGUUUCAGAUCAAAAAGGGUAUGGUUUGUAUGAAAUGCCUGUUAAGUUCUGCGACAUCUAAUCCUUUUGGAAUUAUUUGGUCAAUACAGCAUGCAUCAUCAUCUUUUUAUCAGUCAUCUUUCUAUUGUAAAGUUACCUUUAGCUAUAGACUAUGAUUUGGUUCUACAGCAUUUGUCUCUGUUUUUCUUAUUAUUUAUUUAUUUUAGAACUACGUCAACUAUAAGCAAGUUUUGGUGUAUAUGAGAUGAUUUGUUCAUAUCUCGCUUAUUAUUAUUAUUUUUUUAACAAGAAGUUCGUUCAUUCCAAAGAGACAAAACAGGGGAAAUUUUGGUACAAAGCCUGAAUUAGGAAUAUAAGCUGCUAAAACUACACUCACAAAGAAAGAGAAGAAGAAGAAAUAGAAGUUGAAGAACCUGCCAAGGAUUAAGACUCCCAAGGAAGAACAUUCAUGAAAAUGAUAAGAUAACUGAAGUCUAAAUGUGCAUCUAACUAGACGGUGCCGGAAGACAGCAGUAACCAAGGAACUAAUUAAGCUGCGGAAAGGAGUUCCAAAUGAGAAAAAUAGAAAGCUGCGGAUCAAUAUGAUACAAAAGCUCUCCAAUCUUUUCAUAGAAUGAGUCAUUUGUUCCCUCUCUAAUUCCUUGCAAGUCAUCCUUUUUUUUUUUCAAUCCUGUCCGUGAUAUCAGAGGAAAUCAUUUGCACUGAGCUUUGAACUUUUUCCCUCUUAUUUCAUUGUCUGAUGAAUGAAUACCACGCAAGUGUUUUAUA